CAAGAUUGCAAUCCCAUCUGCGUUGACAUUUUAGCUUUAUGAGGGAGAAUGCAUUAUGUACCUAAGGAUAAAACUGGCCUGAAGGGAAAAUCUGGGGGAAACUGGGGAGCUUGACUGUUCUUGCACCUGACCCUCUCAGCUGUCAGAUGCGGUGAUCUCCAUGGUAACUCAAACCCCCAGACUCUCGACAGCAGCCUGCGAGGAGCAGCAUUCAGCAGCUCACGGGUCUCACGACCAGAGCGUGGAUCACACUUCUCGUAAACCUCAUCAUAUUGAGGUUGGGCUAAGAUGAGCAUAACCAGUGACGAAGUGAAUUUCUUGGUGUAUCGCUAUCUUCAGGAAUCGGGUUUCUCCCACUCGGCCUUCACCUUCGGUAUUGAGAGCCACAUCAGCCAGUCCAACAUCAACGGAACACUAGUGCCACCUGCCGCACUCAUCUCCAUCCUCCAGAAGGGGCUCCAGUAUGUGGAGGCUGAGAUCAGCAUCAAUGAAGAUGGUACAGUAUUUGACGGCAGGCCAAUAGAAUCACUGUCUCUGAUAGACGCGGUGAUGCCUGAUGUUGUACAGACCCGGCAGCAAGCAUUCAGAGAGAAACUAGCUCAGCAACAAGCCAAUGCAUCAGCGGCAGCAACGGCAGCAACGGCAGCAACAGCGGGAGCAACGACGACUGCUGUUUCCCAGCAGAACACACCAAAGAACGGAGAAGCCACUGUGAAUGGAGAGGAGAAUGGGGCACAUGCAAUAAAUAAUCAUUCAAAGCCAAUGGAAAUUGACGGGGAUGUUGAAAUUCCUCCUAACAAAGCAACAGUCCUUCGGGGCCAUGAAUCAGAGGUGUUCAUCUGUGCCUGGAACCCUGUCAGUGACCUGCUAGCAUCUGGAUCUGGAGACUCAACGGCCAGAAUAUGGAAUCUCAAUGAAAACAGCAACAGUGGGUCCACUCAACUAGUUUUGAGGCACUGCAUAAGAGAAGGAGGACACGAUGUCCCCAGCAAUAAGGAUGUGACUUCAUUGGACUGGAAUAGUGAUGGAACGCUAUUGGCUACAGGCUCAUAUGAUGGUUUUGCAAGAAUAUGGACAGAAGAUGGUAACCUUGCAAGCACCUUAGGUCAACAUAAAGGUCCAAUAUUUGCCCUGAAAUGGAACAAAAAGGGGAAUUAUAUUUUAAGUGCUGGUGUUGAUAAAACAACAAUAAUUUGGGAUGCUCACACAGGAGAAGCUAAACAGCAGUUUCCUUUCCAUUCAGCUCCUGCUCUGGAUGUAGACUGGCAGAACAACACUACGUUUGCCUCCUGCAGCACUGACAUGUGCAUUCAUGUAUGCAGACUUGGCUGUGAUCGUCCUGUUAAAACCUUUCAAGGACACACAAACGAGGUAAAUGCAAUCAAAUGGGACCCAUCUGGCAUGCUACUAGCGUCUUGCUCCGAUGAUAUGACAUUAAAGAUUUGGAGUAUGAAGCAAGAUACCUGUGUACACGAUCUUCAGGCUCACAGCAAAGAGAUUUAUACUAUCAAAUGGAGUCCUACAGGACCAGGCACCAGCAACCCAAACUCCAACAUCAUGUUAGCAAGUGCUUCGUUUGAUUCCACUGUUCGGCUGUGGGACGUUGACCGAGGAGUCUGCAUCCAUACGUUAACAAAACAUCAAGAGCCUGUCUACAGUGUAGCUUUUAGUCCUGAUGGAAAAUAUCUAGCCAGUGGGUCCUUUGACAAAUGUGUCCAUAUAUGGAAUACUCAGAGUGGAACUCUAGUACAUAGCUACAGAGGCACCGGGGGCAUCUUUGAAGUCUGCUGGAAUGCUAGAGGAGACAAAGUGGGAGCAAGCGCAUCAGACGGAUCGGUUUGUGUUCUAGAUCUGCGGAAGUAAAAGUGAAAUGUUUUAGAAGAAAUUUCAAAUGGACCAGCAGUGAAUGUGUGGGGAGAAGCACUCUUCAAAACUAUUCUUAACAGCUCCAGAACUGUACGAACUUGAACAAAGUUAGAGUGUACCGUGAAACCAACUCUCCCUGGCCACAGGUGUCUAGUUUUUUGUCCGUAACCUUCAUCAAGGAGUAAAAACACAGUCACUUCAGAGGGGGAGGGAAUGGUUUCCACCUGGAACAUUCAGCCUUGGAAGCAUGAAGCCACCAGCUAGGCAUUGCACUGUUUGGUUUGCGUCUGAGAACUUGCUCUGAUGGCUGGGAAAAAAAAGCUGUGCCAAAAAAAAAUUAAUAAAAAAAAAAAGAAAA